CGCAUGCGCGGGAGGGAUAGGUCCGUUCCUCCCAGAGUGCUCCGCGGCGCUCGGCUCCCUCUGGCCCGUGGACUGGUGGGAAGGGGCCAAGAUGGCGGCGGCCGGCGCCAGGGCCACUCGGCUGCUCCUGCUCUUGCUGAUGGCGGCCGCAGCCCCCAGCCGCGCGCGGGGCAGCGGUUGCCGGCCCGGGGCCGCUGCGCGGGGGGCCGGGGUGGAAGGUCGAGACGAGGCCUGUGGUGCCGUGGGGCUGCUGCUGGAGCACUCGUUUGAGAUCGGUGAGUCCAGCCGUGGCCUCUCUCCACGCUUCCCCACGCGCGGGGAGGGCGGGAGCCUUGGUUUGGGUGCUGAGUGUGAGAUCCCUCCCUUCUAACAGCCUUGCCCCUGA